AUGGCUCACGCGCCUGGUGGUCCGAACCGUGCUGGCCGAUCUGUUUUACCACAUGGACAAGAAGACGCGGUUCUCGGUGGCCGAGACCCGCUUCUACAUGGCCGAACUCUUGGAGGCGCUGGACAUCGUCCACCGCUCCGGCUUCGUACACCGAGACAUCAAGCCGGACAACACAUGGUCCUUACCGCGCAGGGCCACCUGAAGUUGCUGGACUUCGGUCUGGCCAGGUACAGGGUCGACGGCGAGGAAGUCGGGGACCCCAGGUCCAGACUCCCUGAGGCGGCGGUGGCCCCCACGGCCGGCGUUCGCUCUGCGGUGCUGGCGGACGAGCCCAAGAGGACGCGCGACAACCUCGGCACCCGGACUGGAACUCCCCCGUACAUGUCUCCGGAGCACUUCGAAGGCAGGUUCGGCGCCUCCUGCGACCUCUGGUCUUUGGGCGUCAUAACUUUCGAGUGCCUCUAUGGAAGCACUCCGUGGCAGAUCGACAUGCGAGACCAGGACUGGCUGAAGAAGCUGAGGCGUGCAGUCCAAGAUUUCCAGAGAAUCCUGGAGAUCAAGCUGGCCCGCGGCAAGAUGCGCGGGUGGAUCACCCCGGAGGCAGAGCACCUGCUUCGCGGCGUCCUCUGCGAGCACAGCACGCGCCUGACCGCCGAGGGCAUCCGCGCGGAGCCCUUCUUCCAGGGCCUCGACUUCUCGACGCUCCACCUGAUGGAGCCGCUGAUCCGGCCCGAGCUGGAGCUCACAGGCCCGGAGGAUUGCCGCCACUUCUGUCCAGAUGGGGGCCCCGCCGUGUUGCCGCCGCCGGAGCACGGCGCCAGAAAGGACGAGGACAUGUAUUGGUCCCACUACGAGUUCGACAGGAGCGAGCUCGAUCUGCAGCGCCCUGACGCGGUUCGCGACCUCUUCUCCCCAGCGGCCGCUUGUGGAAGCUUGGCCAUCUGA